AUGGUGUCGGAAGAGUCGUUAAUUUUGUGCUUCUCCAAUUUAGGUUGUGAUGUGUCAGAUAAAUCUGUGGUUGAUAAAUGUCUUCAACUUUGUCAUACUUAUGACAUAGAUGAAGAGACUUUUAUGGAAUUGUGGGUGGCAUAUACAGUUCCACAUUCUUUAGAUAUUGAUCCAACAAUAGAUGAUCUUAAUAAAUUUGAAGUAGAAGAAUUGAAAAAAAAGAAUGAAAAUCCUCUUGAUCAUGCAUAUACAAUAUCAAAUAUAAAAACUAAUAUACAAGUCAAUCAGGAAAUCUUUGAUAAUGUUUUGGACCUAUAUAGCACUGGAGAAUCUUCUACAUUACAGCAAACUAAAAGAGCGAGAAGUCCAGAAGAAACAGAAAAUGAUAAUAAAUUGCGGGCUGUGGACCAAACAUUUACACCAUCAACCUAUACAACAAAAUUAAAUACACCUAACCGUGCACCGAGUACAACCGUUAGGGGCAAAGUUCUCUUGUAUUUUGGUCCGGAUAUUAAAAGUUGGAAGAAAGAAAAUGAGUACGAUGUAUCGAUCGUUAAGACCGAUAAUCCCCAUGUACCUAAGGAUGCAGUGUACAUGUAUGAAAUACUUUCCAAACAAGGGGCCGUUCUUAGGAGCCGUUGUGAAAGUUUUGGAGCGCGGCUGUGCCAUAUUUGGAACGAUAUGAUGGGCCCCUCUAAAUCGAGUAUACGUUACGUGAGAAAUGUACAGUCUAUAAGUCAAAGAGCGUUUAGAACAUGGGGUAGAAUAUUUACCAAGACCGACAAGUCGGCCGGCAGUAAAGUUGUCAUGUUAGAAGGUUGUAAAAGACCCAAAGGUAGUAAUAGUUCUCCUCUUGUACGCCUGGAUCUUAGUGGAAUUAAACAUUACUCGGUUUUUCCGGGUCAAGUAAUUGCGGUGGAAGGUAUUAACACCUCUGGGGAUACUUUGGUAGCAAAAGAAUUAUUCGUUAAGGGAUAUGCGCUAUUAUCAGAUGCACCGAAAUUAUCGGAAGAUAUCAGAGUUUACGUUGCGGUUGGCCCGUUCACACCUUUCGAUAAUUUGAAUUAUCAACCUUUAUGGGAUCUUAUGGAACGUGUUGCAGAAGACGAACCUAACGUACUGAUAUUAAUUGGACCUUUUGUUGAAUACACGCAUCCUGAAAUUAAAAAGGGCACCUUGAAAGAUACUUUUCAGGAUUUCUUUGAGAAAAUUGUGGCAAAGAUUCUGCAACAAUUGCAAGGGAAAUCUACACGAGUCGUAUUGGUACCUUCGAAUCGUGAUGCACAUAACGAUGCAAUUUUUCCGACACCAGAAUUUAUCAUGAACACAAACAAAUUAGGAUCAAACGUGGCGAAUCUUUAUUCUAUGCCAGAUCCUUGUAUAAUAAAUGUAGAGGGUUUACAAAUAGGGAUAACGUCAGUUGAUAUUCUUAGACAUCUCGGACAGCAAGAAGUAUCGAAUACAUCUGGAAUGGACAGGCUUGGCCGUUUAGCUAACCAUGUAUUGUCUCAGGCCACUUUUUACCCUUCAUAUCCUCCUUUCCCCGGUUUGAAUCUUGAUACGACACUUUGGAAAAAAUACGCUUGCUUUGAACAGCAACCACAUAUCAUGAUUUUACCUUCCGACAUUAAACAUUAUUGUAAAGUAGUUAACGAAAGCCUUGUUUUCAAUCCGGAGCGAUUGCAAAAGUAUAUCUAUGCUAAGUUGUGUAUACGACCAGUGAGUAGUGGGAAAUGGGAUCCAAACAAUGUAUCUUGUGAGAUUGCAAAGGUCUGAUAGUCUUGUCUAUACUUUUAUAUUCUUUUGUUUUAUGUAUUGUAAGAUAGAAUAAUUGAAA